AUGAGCGACGCCAGGCUCAGGCGUGUCACCAAGGAGAUCAAUGAUUGCAAGAACGACAAGUCGUCCGGGGUCGACGUCGUCAUGGUUGAUGAGUCGCCCUACCACCUGAUCGGAACCUUUCCUGGCCCCGAGAACUCACCCUACGAUGGAGGCAUGUUUGAUGUGGACAUCCACAUCUCAGAAGGAUACCCUUUCCAGCCGCCAAAGAUGAAGUUCAUUACAAAGGUCUACCACCCCAACAUCUCUUCCGCCUCCGGCGCCAUCUGUCUCGACAUCCUCAAAGACCAGUGGUCUCCCGUCCUGACCCUCAAAUCCACGCUCAUGUCGCUGCGAUCGCUGCUCUGCUCGCCCGAACCGUCGGAUCCCCAAGACGCCGAGGUGGCCAAACACUACAUGAGCGACAAGGCCGACUUUGAAAAGACGGCCAGGUACUGGACCGAGAUCUACGCCAACGGCAGCGAGAGCGCACGACCACCAGAGACGACAUCGGCGGGGCCCAAGGCGGCGAGCGCCAAACAAGAGGACCCGGCCCUCGUCGCCGGUUUGAAGCUCGAACACGUCGCCCAGUUUGUCAACAUGGGUUUUGAGCGAGGUCAGGUCAUCGAGGUCCUCAAGAAGCUGAACUACCGUGGUGCCAACGUCCGCAACGUCACCGACGACACGGUGCUCAACGAGCUCCUCAAGUGA